UCGGAGUUUCCACUACUCUGUUCGUCUUCCUCUCUCUGCGUUCAAAUUUCAGAGAGCGAACAAUGGCGGCUACGGCGAACGACUUUCAGGAUCGCCGGAAUUUGAAGCUCCAUAACCUUCACGACAUCGACCCGUUCAAAUUUGGCAUUGCAUAGUGAUGAGAUUGCUUAAUGCUUCUCGAAUUUUGCCACCCCAACCUCUUCAGCAUAAUCGACCCGCUGUUUGAUUAACCCGAUCGGUUUUCCGAUCGACAACCGGUGCCGGAAUCUCAUCUUCAAUCCAGGUACGAAUGUCUAGUGUGGCAGGGAACGGGUUCAAGCAUGGAUUCAUAUACACUGAAGUCCGUGGCAGAGUUUCCUGGCUUCUUUAAGGGUAACACACCUGGCAGCAUAGAAGCAGAUGGUAAGCCAUCUGAGGCAAAAGAAAAGUUACCGAUCAAAAUAUCAAAAGUUAGCCUGGGCAGCUUAAACAUGAUUACCGGAAAGAAUAAUGAGCUUCCUAAAACAUCAAGAGCCUCGGCUAAUGGAGUUUAUUCUAAGAGCUCCUACUCCAGCAUAUGCAGAUUAUCUUGAAUUUGCCACAAGCUCUUCAGAAAAUGCAUGAGAUUAAAUAUCACACCUGUGCAUGCAUUUGGAUUUGAACAAAGCCAUAGCAAAAAUUGGUUACGGGAAGAGGAUAGGUCUCUUGUCUAUAUGUAUAUAUUUGUAUAUAUUUGUCUAUAUGUAUAUAUUUUUAUCUCAUCAUGUAUAUAUUUGUAUCAGGAGUGGUGUAUCCAAUUUGUCUAUCACUAUAAUCUAGACCAGUUUAUGCUUGAAUAAAUUGAUAGAAACUUGCAUUCA